UUCCGCCGCGUCGGAAUGAGCUCCCGGAAAGUGCUGGCCAUUCAGGCCCGAAAGCGGAGGCCGAAAAGAGAGAAACAUCCGAAAAAGCCGGAGCCGCAACAGAAAGCUCCUUUAGUUCCUCCUCCUCCACCACCACCGCCACCACCACCACCUUUGCCAGACCCCACACCCCCGGAGCCAGAGGAGGAGAUCCUGGGAUCAGAUGAUGAGGAACAAGAGGACCCUGCGGACUACUGCAAAGGUGGCUAUCAUCCAGUGAAAAUUGGAGACCUCUUCAAUGGCCGGUAUCAUGUUAUUAGAAAGCUUGGAUGGGGGCACUUCUCUACUGUCUGGCUGUGCUGGGAUAUGCAGGGGAAAAGAUUUGUUGCAAUGAAAGUUGUAAAAAGUGCCCAGCAUUAUACGGAGACAGCCUUGGAUGAAAUAAAAUUGCUCAAAUGUGUUCGAGAAAGUGAUCCCAGUGACCCAAACAAAGACAUGGUGGUUCAGCUCAUUGACGACUUCAAGAUUUCAGGCAUGAAUGGGAUACAUGUCUGUAUGGUCUUCGAAGUGCUUGGCCACCAUCUCCUCAAGUGGAUCAUCAAAUCCAACUAUCAAGGCCUCCCAGUACGUUGUGUGAAGAGUAUCAUUCGACAGGUCCUUCAAGGGUUAGAUUAUCUACACAGUAAGUGCAAGAUCAUUCAUACUGACAUAAAGCCGGAAAACAUCUUGAUGUGUGUGGAUGAUGCAUAUGUGAGAAGAAUGGCAGCUGAGGCCACUGAGUGGCAGAAAGCAGGUGCUCCUCCUCCUUCAGGGUCUGCAGUGAGUACGGCUCCACAGCAGAAGCCUAUAGGAAAAAUAUCUAAAAACAAAAAGAAAAAACUGAAAAAGAAACAGAAGAGGCAGGCUGAGUUAUUAGAGAAACGCCUGCAGGAGAUAGAAGAACUGGAGCGAGAAGCUGAAAGGAAAAUAAUAGAAGAAAACAUCACCUCAGCUGCACCUUCCAAUGACCAGGAUGGCGAAUACUGCCCAGAGGUGAAACUAAAAACAACAGGAUUAGAGGAGGCGGCCGAGACAGAGACUGCAAAGGACAAUGGUGAAGCUGAGGACCAGGAAGAGAAAGAAGAUGCUGAGAAAGAAAACAUUGAAAAAGAUGAAGAUGAUGUAGAUCAGGAACUUGUGAACAUAGAUCCUACAUGGAUAGAAUCACCUAAAACCAAUGGCCAUAUUGAGAAUGGCCCAUUCUCACUGGAGCAGCAACUGGACGAUGAAGAGGAUGAUGAAGAAGACUGCCCAAAUCCUGAGGAAUAUAAUCUUGAUGAGCCAAAUGCAGAAAGUGAUUACACAUAUAGCAGCUCCUAUGAACAAUUCAACGGUGAAUUGCCAAAUGGACGACAUAAAAUUCCCGAGUCACAGUUCCCAGAGUUUUCCACCUCAUUGUUCUCUGGAUCCUUAGAACCUGUGGCCUGCGGCUCUGUGCUUUCUGAGGGAUCACCACUUACUGAGCAAGAGGAGAGCAGUCCAUCCCAUGACAGAAGCAGGACGGUUUCAGCCUCCAGUACUGGGGAUUUGCCAAAAGCAAAAACCCGGGCGGCUGACUUGUUGGUGAAUCCCCUGGAUCCACGGAAUGCAGAUAAAAUUAGAGUAAAAAUUGCUGACCUGGGAAAUGCUUGUUGGGUGCAUAAACACUUCACAGAAGACAUCCAGACGCGUCAGUACCGCUCCAUAGAGGUUUUAAUAGGAGCGGGGUAUAGCACCCCUGCGGACAUCUGGAGCACGGCAUGUAUGGCAUUUGAGCUGGCAACGGGAGAUUAUUUGUUUGAACCACAUUCUGGGGAAGACUAUUCCAGAGACGAAGAUCACAUAGCAUUGAUCAUUGAACUGCUGGGGAAAGUCCCUCGAAAAUACGCUAUGUUGGGGAAAUAUUCCAAGGAGUUUUUCACCAGAAAAGGAGAACUGCGACACAUCACCAAGCUGAAGCCCUGGAGCCUCUUUGAUGUACUUGUGGAAAAGUAUGGCUGGCCCCAUGAAGAUGCUGCACAGUUUACAGAUUUCCUGAUCCCGAUGUUAGAAAUGGUUCCAGAAAAACGAGCCUCAGCUGGCGAAUGCCUUCGGCAUCCUUGGUUGAAUUCUUAGCAAAUUCUACCAAUAUUGCAUUCUGAGCUAGCAAAUGUUCCCAGUACAUUGGACCUAAACGGUGACUCUCAUUCUUUAACAGGAUUACAAGUGAGCUGGCUUCAUCCUCAGACCUUUAUUUUGCUUUGAGGUACUGUUGUUUGACAUUUUGCUUUUUGUGCACUGUGAUCCUGGGGAAGGGUAGUCUUUUGUCUUCAGCUAAGUAGUUUACUGACCAUUUUCUUCUGGAAACAAUAACAUGUCUCUAAGCAUCGUUUCUUGUGUUGUGUGACAUUCAAAUGUCCUUUUUUUGAAUGAAAAAUACUUUCCCUUUGUGUUUUGGCAGGUUUUGUAACUAUUUAUGAAGAAAUAUUUUAGCUGAGUACUAUAUAAUUUACAAUCUUAAGAAAUUAUCAAGUUGGAACCAAGAAAUAGCAAGGAAAUGUACAAUUUUAUCUUCUGGCAAAGGGACAUCAUUCCUGUAUUAUAGUGUAUGUAAAUGCACCCUGUAAAUGUUACUUUCCAUUAAAUAUGGGAGGGGGACUCAAAUUUCAGAAAAGCUACCAAGUCUUGAGUGCUUUGUAGCCUAUGUUGCAUGUAGCAGACUGUAACUGCUCCAAGGAGUUGUGCAAACUUUUCAUUCCAUAACAGUCUUUUCACAUUGGAUUUUAAACAAAGUGGCUCUGGGUUGUAAGAUGUCAUUCUCUAUAUGGCACUUUAAAGGAAGAAAAGUUAUGCUUCUCAUUCUAAAAUAUGCAUUAUAAUUUAGCAGUCCCAUUUGUAUUUUUGCAUAUUUUUAAAAGUACUUUUAAAGAAGAGCAAUUAUCCUUUAAAAAUGUGAUGGCUCAGUACCAUGUCAUGUUGCCUCCUCUGGGCGCUGUAAGUUAAGCUCUACAUAGAUUAAAUUGGAAAAGAGAAACGUGUUCAUUGUGUGGAAUGAAAAAAUACGUAUAUUUUUCGAAAAGCAUGAUCAUGCUUGUCUAGAACACAAGGUGUGGUAUAUACAAUUUGCAGUGCAGUGGGCAGAAUACUCCUCACAGCUCAAAGGUAACAGUGAUCACUUUCAUUCCAUAGGUAGCUUUACGUGUGGCUACAACAAAUUUUACUAGCUUUUUCAUUGUCUUUCCAUAAAAUGAAGUUGAGAAAAUGAUUUUCCCUUUGCAGGUUGCACACAGUUUUGUUUAUGCAUUUCCUUAAAAUUAAUUGUAGACUCCAGGACACAAACCAUAGUAGGCAAUACAAUUUUAGAAUGUAAUAUAUAGAGGUAUAUUUAGCCUCUUUUAGAAGUCAGUGGAUUGAAUGUCUUUUUAUUUUAAAUUUUACAUUCAUUAAGGUGCCUCGUUUUUGACUUUGUCCAUUAACAUUUAUCCAUAUGCCUUUGCAAUAACUAGAUUGUGAAAAGCUAACAAGUGUUGUAACAAUAAUCCAUUGUUUGAGGUGCUUGCAGUUGUCUUAAAAAUUAAAGUGUUUCGGUUUUUUUUUUUCCAGACAUUGCCUUGGUCAUUGCCCUAUAAAUUAUAGAAUCAAUGAACAUUUGCUACCAGAGUAGUGUCACUAAAACUAAAUACCAGCAUUCCUGUUGCAGCAGAUGUAGUUGUAGAACAUACAUUAAGGCUUAUUAUAAGGAAAUCAUUUAUUAUUUUUUAAGGGCAGAAGGGAUUUAGGAGAAAAGCUACAGUAUAGAUUGAUUCUCUAGAAUUUCAGUGAUCCCUUUUCAUCCAUGGUUCAUCAAAAACAUACUGACUGCAUUUGUUUGAUCAUUGCAAACUUAAAACAGCAUUUGCUGUUAGGAAACAAGACACAUAACCCUCUUAGGAAUUACCAUUACAUCUCAUACCACAGUGAGACAGAAUGGAUCAUUCAUUCAUUUCUUUAUGAAAUGUGCAUGCUAAGUUUUUCUAAUGAGGCUGUAGGUUUCCAUGUAAAUUCUAUGAUAGAUAGUGGCUGUAGACUGAUGAUACUAUCCAUGAUUUCUGUAAGAAACAUCCUUACAAGAACCAUAGAGCACAAUUUAUAUCUUCCCUAAGUGUAAAAGGAUUUUUAUCAGGGUGAUAGUAUACUUGAAUGAAAUUUGUCUAAUGCAGUUUUUGCUCAUGUUGGAAAAUAAACUAGAUUAUAAAUUUUUACAGGUGUGUCCCUUAUGAUAAAACAGCCUGGAACAGUUGUUCUAGAAGGAAUAUACAUUUGUAUUAGGCAUAAUACGGUUUUAUCAGAUUCUUGGCGGCUUGUUGAUAAAGAAUGCACAAAAACUAAAUGAGAACCACUGGUUAUGCUAAACAUUCUAACUAGCUCUCUGACUUUAGUUGAAUGUCCUGUCUUUUCCUUUCUGUAGUCCAUGUGAAAUCUUCAUGGAAAAUGACAAGCAGUGGAUCACAUAUAUGUUUAUAGCAGAUACAGGAACUGGCUCUCUGGAAAUUGGCAGACAGAACUGCCCAAAGGCAGAGAAAAGGUGGAUGUAAGAUCUGCAAAAAGUCAUAAACUUUUUAGGUGAAAACUAAUUUAUUGACUUGCUUCUUCCCAUACCUGGACCACACAUAACUAGUUACCAGGAUAAAGGAAGGAAACUUUACACUGGAGUAGAGAACUUGUUUCUAUCCAUAGUUCAGAUUAUUUCCUAAAUUCUCCUUUUUUCUCCCCCUUUUAAAUAAGUUGAAUGAAAUUUUGGUAGAAGACCAUAUUUGGGAGUAUAUACUUCAUCAAGGAAUCAAAUAAGAUUCUUCAGUUCACACAAAAGCUUCUGUAUGCAUAUUUCUGUAGUAGGCACAUUUCAAGCCAGUGAAGAAUUUAAACUGCUUAGAAGGACAGACCUUUUAAGAAUAAUAUUUAUAUUUCACACACUAGUUACCUUUAUUCUGUUUGAAACUAUCAGGAUAGAUGAUGUAAAACUGUUUCUUCUCAAAUGUUUCUUUACUAUAAAUACCAUACAUAGAAUUUUGUUGGACAAAUCGAGGAUGGCACACUUGGCCUAUGUUCUUCUAAAAUUUCAAGCUGAUUAGGAUUGAGCCCUAAAUGAGCUGUGUUAAUGUACCAUUGUUUGUCAGCUAAUUUUCAAAAGGAAGUAGAAAUUCAAAGUGUGAAAACAUGACUGAAGGAGGUCACUCAGUCAUUUUAGUGUUUACUUUCUCUGAUGCACAGAAUUUGUAUCCUGUGCCAAAUUAUGUCAGGUAAUUGGAUGAUGAAAAAUGUGUUGAUAAACAGUAUCAUUAUUAUUGGAUGUACUUACUGAAUCCUUCUCAGAGGUAGAAGACAAAGGCUGGGAAAUUUUACUUUUUCCAAGAUUAUAACUAGCAUUUUAUAUUUUAGCAAUAAAAACGUUCACUUAAGAGGCCGUUUUCAUUUCACUAAGAGAUCUAGGAAUAAUGCCUUUUUUCUUUAGUUUUGUACACCCAAGACAAGUUUUCCUGUUUUGGGCAAACUACCCAUAUUUUCAAACAGUUGUUGCACAUUGUAUUCAAGAACUACUGUAAUGCAUUAGUGGUCUGGAUUCAUUUUGUAUGAUGAUGCCACAUCCUUAAUUGACCCAGCACGAUCAUUUCAGUAGUUUCCUAUGGCUCCUGCAAAAAUGCAAACAACCCCUUGCUGCCUCCUGUUGCUGAGGUAGUAGUUGCUAAAGAAAAUUGAAGGCUCCUUACAAACUAUAUUUGAAAACUAGAACUUCUGUAGAAACACAGACCCCGAUCUUAGAAGUUGCACAGGACAAUUUGGUAAAACUGACAUAAUUGUGAUUUAUUAACAUGAAUUAAAAUGCCCAACCAGUGCUUCAAUGUGACAGUAUAUUUAAAAUAAAAAAGAAAUUAAAGGU